AUGGAGCCGAGUCAGUCCGAGUUCAUCCGAAAGCUCACGAGAGUUCCCGAGCAGCUCUUCGCGGGUUCUCCUCAGGGCCUAAGAAGCUUGGGGAGGUUACCUCCCCAGGCAGACAGGGUCGACCGGGUCAAGCGCAGUUGCUCGCCGACCUCCAAUACAGCUCGUCCUCGCAAAGAUCAGUCUGUGCCGAAGGUUUCGUGCUUCCCCCGCUACAAGCAGGGCCCGAGCCCACCCGAAGCCGAGCCGACCUUAGCCGAACGUUCCCGAGCCCGAAUCCUCCCGUGCCUCGGCUCUCCGCCUCCUCCUAUCCGAAAGUGCCCGAACGCUGCCGAACGAACUUCUCGAGCCUCGGCUCCGGUUCGGCUAUCAACUCUUGUAACGCGGCUCGGUCGGGCCCCUUCGGGAGCAGAAACGAAAAUGGCUGCUGGGAUUGCGGCGGAGUUGGUGGGCGGGGGUUGGGGUAAGAUGGCGGCCGCGAGGCGAGGGCGCUCCUCCACUGUGCUGUCUUCAGUCCCCCUUCAGAUGCUCUUCGGCCUGAACGGGGCCUAUGGCGCCUUCUACUUCCUGACCACAUUGCUGCUUCUGCUUCACAAAAGUCAGGUGUUCAGCUAUCCACAGCCUCACCUGGUCCUCGAUCUGGUUCUGCUGCUGACGAUGGGGAUGUUGGAGGCCCUGGCGCUGUACCUCGGCACUAAAGGCAACCUGACGGAGGCUGAGGGGCCACUGGCCGUGAGCCUGCUGCUUACAGUGGGCACUGCCCUCCUCUCCACCUACUUCCUGCACUGGCAGACCCUGGUGCUGUGGGUGGACGCAGUCCUGGGCUCCACACGCCUGGCUCUGCACGGCCUCGAGGCCGUCCUGCAGAUGGUCACCAUCACCACCUUCGUUAGCUAG